AUGAAAAGAAUACCCAAAAAAAAAAAAAUAUCUUCUGCUGUGAGAAAAUAUCUUUAUUUUUUCCGACCUGUGAACCUUUUUUUAUUAUUUUCCGACCUUGUUACUAUAUUAAACACCUUAAUUAGUGGAUAUAAUAACCAAUCAAUAUUGCCAACAGAUUUAGCGUGUCUUCCUAAUUUUAGUAGGAUAUUUUUACAAAAUUUAAAUAUUUCAAAAGAACUUGUAUUUUAUCAAUUCCCACAAACAAUUUAUGAUGUAACAUAUAAUUAUGAAAACUAUGCUUGUAGUCCAAUUGAUCAAAAAUUACCUGAUAUUCCAACUUUUAAUUUUAAUUGUAAAUCCAUUUCCGGAACAACAAUAAAAAUAUCGCACAUAAUGAAACAGAGAGUUUUUAAUUUAAAAUAUAGUUACGUAUAUUUUGAAAAUGAUGUUAUUGCAACUCAUAAUAUCUCAAUGUCUACAUUUACAGCAACUUCAUUAAACUUUGCAGACUUUUCAAACUUUCAGAAUUUUGUUAUUUCAUCAAUCCAAAACUUUUCAACCAUUAAAUCAAAUUCCCUACAUAUAGAGCACGACACAGGUAUUUUGUAUCCAUUUUAUAUACCAUUAAAUAAUUCCACUCAGUUGCUAUCAAUGGCCGCACUUUUUGAAAAACCAAUUUCAUUAAUAAAUCUUUCAACUUAUGGUUUUAAGCAACUGCAUCUUUUGCAUGUUGGAAACGAGUUUAAUUUAAAUGGUGAGAUUCCGAUAAUUCCACCUCUUAGUUGCGAUUUUUUAAUAUUCUAUGGCAAUUUUAAUGUAUUUCCAAAUUUUUCAAUUAUUACAGGAUCUUUUAGUUCUUAUCAGUCAAACUUUUCAAUUGCUUUACCACCAUAUUCAGGUAAAGGUGCAAUGGUCUCUCUAAUAAACAAUAACCUUUUUGGAACAAUUGAUGAAUCUUGGUGCAAUGUCAAUUUGGUAAUUUAUAAUAAUAAAUUAACAGGAAAAAUACCUUCAUGUUUUACUUGUUAUUUUUCAGUCGCAUCUUUUUUUAAUUAUUUUUCUGGUAACCAAUUUACAAACUACAACCAAUCAAUUGGAUGCUCUGAAUUUGCACCAAGAUUUCAAUUAUUAGACAUUUCAACCAAAACUUUCCGUGUAACAGGUAUUAAUAUAGGUUUUAAUUCUAGAUAUUGGUUAUUAAACUCAGUUGACUUUCCAUAUAGUACCAACGUUAUCUCAAUGGGAUAUGAAUAUGUUGUGAUGUACUUAUUUGCAAUAAUACCUAAUCCAAAAUACUUUAAUGUUACAUUUGUGCAUCCAGCACCAUCACGAACAAUAUACUUCCCUCUUGGUGAUCAAUUCCCAAAUCCAACCGGUAUUAAAAUAACAUCAAAUCAAUUAAUAAUUACAGGUGAAUUAUUUUCAAGUUAUAUGGGUUACUCAAAUCAAUCAGUCCAAUUUGAAGAAACAUCUACUAAUUGUACAAUAAAAGAUGGUAAUUUCUUUAAUAUAACUUGUGAAUUUGUACCAUCAUCUAUUUCUACCUUAACAUACCCAACAAUCAUUAAAAUUAAAAAUGAUAAUUUAAUAAGAAGAGUAAUUGUCAAUCCAUUAAUUGGACAACUAAAUCAAAUUCCAUGUCCUAAUAAUUGCGAUGAUAUUAGUAAUAGUAUUUGUGAUCUUUCUCAGGGUAUUUGUGUCAAAUCUUGUAAAAAUGAUUGUGGAAUAUUCGGUGAAUGUAAUGAUCAAACUGGAGAAUGUGAUUGUGAUUCAAAUCAUCAAGGUCCAAAUUGUUCUAUACCAUUUAUGCAAUGUCCAACAGGUUCAAAUUCUUUAAUUUGUAGUAGUGCAGAUUACAAUAUGUGUAACAAUCAAACUGGUAUUUGUACAUGUUCUCAAAAUCAACAAGGUCAAGAUUGUUCAUUACCAUUUAAGCAAUGUCCAGUUGGUUCAGAUUCGUUAAUAUGCAGUGGAGGUAAUAACAAUUGUAACAAUCAAACAGGUGUUUGUACUUGUUCUUCAAGUCAACAAGGUCAAGAUUGCUCAUUACCAUUUAAACAAUGUCCAGUUGGUUUGGAUUCGUUAAUAUGUAGUGGAGGUAAUAACAAUUGUAACAAUCAAACUGGUAUUUGUUAUUGCGACAGUAAAUUUACUAAUAUUGACUGUUCAAAACCAAAUCAAUAUAUAUCAUCUGUUUCACCAUCAAAUACAAAUGGAGGUGAAGCAUCAUUUUUUGGUUGGUUUGGAGAUAUUCAUUCAAAUCCAUCAUUAUUAAUUGGAAAUCAACAAUGUCAACCAAUUACAUAUAAUUCUUCAAUCGAAAUUAGAUGUAUUGCACCACCAGGUAAUGGAGUAUAUGAUAUUACUUUUAAUCAAAAUGAUAUCAUGUAUAAAUUAAGAAAUGGUUAUAGCUACCUCGAAAUUUUUAAAAAUUGUCCAAACAAUUGUACAAAUUCAAAUCAAGGAAAUUGCAAUACUUCAAAUGGAGAAUGUAAUUGUAUAAACAAUUAUUACUCAUUCGAUUGUAGUUUAAAAAGAAAUAAUAAUACAGGUGGUAACAAUGGUGGUAAUCCCUCGAUUGAUCCAUCAACAGGUGGAACUAAUAUUACUGAUAAUCAAGUAAAUUUCCAAAUUUAUUUUAAAAAUUUAUUUGAAAUCGAUUUCAACGGUAAUAUUGUAAAUCAAUAUUCAUUACAAAGUAAUUGGACUCUCAAUAAGACUAAAGAUUCACAAGAAAAUAAUAUUUAUAAAUUAACACAAAUCAUUCAACAAUCAUGUGAAAUUAUAACAUUGAUAGAAGAAGUUUCAACAUCUAAACAAUAUUCAUUUGCAGGCUCAACAUUCACAUUAGAUGCUGGUUCAAUUAAAUUAACAAUUUCAAUAUCAAAUUAUAUUUAUAAAAGCAGUUUAAAUACAUUACAACUUCAAUUAAUAUCAUCAGUAGAUAAUGAAAAUGAAGGAUCAGAUUGUAAUAUUAAACAAGUUUCUACAAAUGAAACCAAUACAUCCUCAUUUAAAUAUAUUAAAAUUUCAAAAGAUAAUAGAGUCCUUCAAGGUAGAUUCAUUAAUCAAAUACUAUCAGAUGGAAGACCAACAUAUUUAUCAAUUGAUGUUAAUAAUAAUGGUAAUUCAGUAAUUGCAACAUUAAAUCUACCACAUUUUGUAAAUCAAUCAAUUAUCGAUCCAGACUUUUCAGUUUUACUCGAAACUGAUUUUAAAUCGGAAUGUGACAAUAAAAACUCUCGUAAAUGGUUAAUACCAGUUGCUGUGGCAGUCCCAAUCGUUGGUCUUUGUUCUAUUGGAGUGAUUCUUGAUGGGAUUGAAACUUUGCCAGAACAAGUAUCAAAACCAUCAACUUCAGGGCAAUCCAUAAUUGAGAGUGUUUUUUUAUCAAUACAUAAUGCAAUAGUUGAUAAUUUAUUAUUAUCACAUUGCAUAACUGGUUGGCCACCAAAUUGA